AUGCGGUGCUCGAAACUCACAGCCCUGCUGAGUUUGACUGGCAGUCUGUCUUGUGAAACCGACAACCCAGCUAUCGUCAGAGUCUACAAUGGCACCAUCAUUGGCACACACUCGGAUACCUAUGACCAAGAUCACUUUCUUGGUGUCCCAUUCGCUCAGCCACCUAUCAACGGUCUUCGUUUCCGUAAUCCCCAGUCACUGAACACCACCUUCUCAAACAACAUCUACCAAGCAACUGAGUACGCUCCAGCUUGCAUCGGGUACGGCUCUGGGGAAUCAGAUCUUCCCCUGUCAGAGGACUGUCUCUAUCUGAAUGUUAUUAGACCCUCGGGCUACGAAAAUGUUUCUCUUCCCGUUGGUCUUUGGAUCCAUGGUGGCGGCUUCACGACUGGCGGAUCUCGCAUGCCUGGAUACAACCUCAGCUACAUUGUCGAGAACUCAGUCCGGAUUGGUAAACCGAUCAUUGGUGUUUCCAUUGCAUAUCGUCUCUCUGGCUGGGGAUUCUUGGCCUCACAACAGGUGUCGGGUCAGGGUCAAACCAACAUUGCGCUGAGAGAUCAACGUCUUGCCAUGCACUGGACAAAGGAGAACAUUGGUGCUUUCGGUGGUGAUGCGGAGAAGAUCACGAUUUGGGGCGAGUCUGCAGGUGCGGCUUCAGUCGGCUUCCAGUUGACGGCAUACAACGGCCGCGACGACAAUUUGUUCUGGGCAGCCAUCAUGCAAUCCUGCAAUCCGAUCUUCUACUUCUCCUUCGACGUCGAAGCAGCAUACCAACCCGCUUACGAUGAUCUCGUGAAUCUGACCAGUUGUAGCACAGCCAUCGACACGCUCGAUUGUCUCCGUCAUGCCGACUAUCAGAUUGUCAACGACUUCUUCAACUCUACAGCGGGAAGCAAUUGGCAGCCCAUUGUCGAUGGAGACUUCAUCGCCAGAUGGGGUAGCCAGCAGCUGGCCGAAGGUGCAUUCGUCCACGUGCCAAUUAUUGAUGGCGCAAACAGUGAUGAAGGUACUUCUUUCUCACCGGUCGGUGUUAACACAACUCAAGACUUUGCUUCCGAUGUUACGGAGCUCGGCAAAGUUCCCGGAGAAGCAACUGGUUAUGCUGGCGCAAGUCCGUCACUUGCAGAGUCUUUCUUACCUGAAUUACUCGCCGCGUACCCCGACGGGCCUGAAUACUGGAUUCCGGGUGUUGAGGAGCUAGGCAACACAACCAUGAACGACUCUCGCGGUGCGAUGUAUCGACGCAGCGCUGCAUACUGGGGUGAUGUACGUAUUGUGGCCAAUCGUCGAGGAACAUGCGAAGCCUGGACGGCUAGAGGCAUAGAAGCAUAUUCCUACCGAUUUAACACCAGGUCCACAGGCACCCCAGUGCAGGCUGGAGUACCCCACGCCGAAGAGAUCCCAUAUGUCUUCAACAACACUCGUGGUCUGAGUCGUUCGACCGAGCCAGUCCAGGAUCAGCCGCAAUCUUACCAGGAGCUCGCAAUUCUCAUGAGUUCAACAUGGGCUUCAUUCAUCCACGACCGCGAUCCUAAUAGCUGGAUGAGAACGAAUGAGACCUCUGCUAGAUGGCCGGUAUACGAACUGCAAGAUCCAAAGGAGAUCGUUUGGGAUGCAAACGUCACAACCCUUUCUUACGUCGAAGAUGAUACCUAUAGGGCGAAGGGCAUCCGUUUCAUUCUCGACCAUGCAUUUGCAUACAGACGUUAG